AUGAGCCCAAGUCUAAAACUUCUCACCGAGCCCAGGCUUAACUAGCCGCAACCCAAAGCCCAAUUUCUGAAACAUUUUGCCUUCUUCUCUCAUUAGCUCUUCAUUUUUCUUUGUUUACGAAAAGGCCCUUCGUUUUCCUCUCUGAUUCUUCUCCUCCCAGCUCUCAGCUCCAAACUCUAAACCCCAACUCAUGGACCCGAAGCUCUUCGCCAAAACCCUAAUCCGAAGUGCGAUGACGAGCAGGUCCUACUACACGAGCAGGACCAAGAAGCCGACCCUCUACACCAAAAUCAGUCCGCUUGGAAAUCCCAGCUUAAACAUGGUUCCAGAACUGGACGACUGGGUGUACAAGGGCCACAAGGUCCGUGUCGCCGAGCUUCAGCGCAUCAUUCACGACCUUCGCAAGCGCAAGCGCUUCUCCCAAGCCCUCCAGGGUGCAGAUUUCUGAGUGGAUGAAGCAAAAGGGCAUAUGCAUAUUCUCGCCGGUUGAACAUGCUGUGCAGCUGGAUUUGAUUGGCAAGGUUCGCGGGUUUGUUUCCGCGGAAGAAUAUUUCAACAAUUUGAGGGAGGAAGAUAAGAACUUGAAGACAUAUGGUGCUCUUUUGAAUUGCUAUGUCCGGCAGCUCCAAACGGACAAGUCCCUCGCUCAUUUGCGCAAAAUGAAGGAGAUGGGAUUUGCUUCCUCGCCUCUGACUUACAAUGGCAUCAUGUGUUUGUAUACGAAUGUUGGCGAGCACGAGAAGGUUCCCGGUGUGCUAGCUGAGAUGAAGGAGAACAAUGUCCCUCCCGACAACUUCAGUUAUCGAAUCUGCAUCAAUUCGUACGGCGUGAGGUCUGAUCUUGAAGGAAUGGAAAAGGUUUUGGAAGAGAUGGAGAGCCAGCCUCACAUUGUCACGGACUGGAAUACUUAUGCUGUUGUAGCCAAUUUCUAUAUAAAAGAAGGCCAAACCCAUAAGGCAAUUAAUGCCCUAAAGAAGUCGGAAGAGAGGCUGGAUAACAAAGAUGGGCUUGGCCACAGUUAUUUGAUUUCACUCUAUGCCAGUAUGGGGAACAAGGAUGAAGUUUUGAGAUUAUGGGGUCUUGAGAAGAGUGCUUGUAAGAGAUGCAUAAACAGGGAUUAUAUCAGCAUGUUGAUAUCUCUGGUGAAGCUUGGGGAGCUCGAUGAAGCUGAGAAGGUAGGGACGGAGUGGGAAUUGUCCGGAAACUGUUAUGAUUUUCAGGUGCCACAGACUGUUAUUAUAGGGUACACAGUAAAGGGAUUGUAUGAGAGAGCAGAAGCAAUGCUUGGAGACUUAAUGGAGAAGGGGAAAGCAACCACCCCUAAAAGUUGGGAAAUAGUGGCGGCUGGAUACGUGAAUAAGGGUGAGACGGAAAAAGCUUUUCAGUGCAUGAAGGCUGCUCUCUGUCUGUCUGCAGAGAAAGGAUGGAAGCCUAACCUUGGAGUGAGCACGGCCAUACUGAGUUGGCUUGGUGAUAAAGGCAGUGUCGAAGAUGUGGAAGCUUUUGUUGGGUUACUGAGGAAUGUAAUCCCAGUGAACAAGCGGAUGUAUCAUGCCUUGUUGAAGGCAUAUAUAAGAGGUGGUAAAGAAGUAAAUAGUGUUUUGGACCGUAUGAAAGCUGAUAAAGUAGAAGAUGAUGACAUAGACACAAAGAAAGUCCUUGCCAUGAGGGAAAACUAGUUUUGAUAACACAAUUUCUUCUUGUUCUUUCAAUUUAACUCUCAUAAGAUUAAAGUAUUUCAAUUA